AUGAGUACAAUUUAUCCAAUGAGAAGGGAAAUACUAAGAGGAUAUAAUAAAUCGGUAUAUCAGCGAAUAUUAACAAGAAAUUUUACAAAAUUAGCAUUAUCAGGUAAAGUAAGGUUUCCAUUACAACCAGAAUUACAUGGAAAUUUAAAUAAAAAUACGGUAAAUUAUCAAUUAAUAAAUUCAAUAAGAUUUCAAUCAACAGUCACUCCUCCUCCUCCUACUCAAGACAAAAAACAAACUCAAGGUGCAGAAGAUUUAAAAAAGACACUUAAAAAGGAUAAUUUUAGUGGAAAAGAUUCUCCAUUAGAAACUCAAGCUCUUGAAAAAUUAGAGAAUUCACCAGCUAACCAACUUGUAAAUAAAGAUGAAAAAGAAACAAAACCAAAACCACCUCUUUGGGAUAGAUUUAAACAUGAAGUACAACAUUAUUGGGCAGGUACAAAAUUAUUAGGUUAUGAAGUUAAAGUUUCCACAAAAUUAUUAGUGAAAUUAAUGGCAGGAUAUGGAUUAAGUAGAAGAGAGUCAAAUCAAUUACAAAGAACUAUAGUAGAUGUUGUUAGAUUAGUUCCAUUUUUAAUGUUUUUGAUUAUCCCAUUUGCAGAAUUAUUAUUACCAGUUGCAUUAAAAUUAUUCCCAAAUUUAUUACCAUCAACUUAUGAAUCAAAAACUGAUCGUCAAAAGAAAAAAGCAAAAUUAAAGAAAACCAGAAAUGCAGCAAGUGAAUAUAUAAAACAAACAAUGGAACAAUCAGGAUUAAAAUUAUCUAAAAAAAUUACUGAUGCAGAAAGAGAAAAUUUCGUACAAUUUUUCCAUGCAAUUUCAAUUGGUAAAAAUCCAACUAGAGAUCAAUUAAUUCAAGUUGCAAGAUUAUUUAAAAAUGAUCAAGUAUUGGAUAAUUUAAGUCGACAUCAAUUAGUCGCAAUGUGUAAAUAUAUGUCAUUAAGACCUUUUGGAACAGAUUCUAUUUUGAGAUAUCAAAUUAGACAUAGACUUUUAACAAUAAUUAAAGAUGAUAAAGCUAUAGAUUAUGAAGGAGUUGAUUCAUUAACUAUUCCAGAAUUACAAAUUGCUUGUUCUCAAAGAGGUAUUAAAACAAGUGAUGUUUCACCAGGUAGAUUAAGAGAAGAUUUAGAAACUUGGUUAGAUUUAAGAUUAAGGCAAAAAAUUCCAUCUACAUUAUUAAUUUUAAGUAGUGCUUAUACUUAUGGUGAUAAAGACCAUGGUGCAGAGACUUAUUAUGAUGCUUUAUUAGCUGUCUUAUCAUCUAUUCCUGAUGAAGUUUAUAAUGUUGCUAAAUUAGAAUUGUCAGAUGAUUCCAAAUUGAAAUUAGAUAUAUUGAAAGAACAAGAUGAAAUGAUUGAAGAAGAAAAUGAAAGAGAAAAAGAUACUGUUAACAAAGUUAAGGAUGACAUCAACUUAGACGAAUAUGAAGACACUGCUAGUGGAGGUGUUAAAUAUGAACAAGAUCCAGAAGAAAAAGAAUUGGAAAAGGGAUUAGAAAAGGGAGAAGAAGAAAUCAAAGAAGAACAUAAGUCGAGUGAAGAUGAUGGUAAAAAGGAAGUUCAUAAUAAAGAAGUAGAAGAUCCAAUGUCUAAAGUCAGAUCUGAAAUAGCUAAAGAUGAAGAAAAUAUAAAGCAUCAAGAUGAAAAAAUAAAGAAAGAUAAAGCAACUUAA